UAUUUUUUCAAAAUCUGAAAAAAUUCUUUAAAAAUACACUCUGAAACAGUGAGCCGGGAAACAUUGAAAAGGCAGUCAUUGUUGAAGCGCUUAGAGUAAACUUGAAUCAAAGCCCACUUCUUAUUCUUCUUCUUCUUCAUCAUCAUCAUCUUCUCUCUCUCGCUCUCUCUCUCUCUCUCUGUUCUCUUCUCUUCUGGUGUGACUCUCCUCUGUUUCUUUGCUCUGUGUGUCCAUGGAAGAUAUCUGACACGACAAGUAACAACCUUCGGUUCCUCCUCCAUGAGAAAACCAAAACAUUUUGGUAGCUAACUGAAGCAAAAUAAGAAAACCAGAUGCUAUUUAUGCUGCCUCUGCUUCUGCUCAAGGUUUGUGAUCUUUAAAUAUGAAAAAGAAGGUAGAUUUGUCUCCUGUUGGAGUUCUUGAGGACUAUUUUAAGAGCUCAAAAUCUGAAACAUGUUCUUCGAAAGAACACGAUAUAGACUCUAAAGACUCAAAAUCCGAAUCUCGCCGGCAGUGGCAUGGAUUUGUCCAAUUAUUGAGAACUGGAUCCAAGAAAUCAUUAGCCACUUUGCAUCCUCUCAGUGUCAUGAAGCUUUCAAGAAGAAUGUCCAGAAGUAUGAGGGAGGCCACAGCUAGGAUGACAAAUUUUCAUGUAGAUAUCGCAAAGUUAUCAUGGAAGAACUUUACCUUGCAUGAGCUACAAACCGCAACCAACUAUUUCAGCCCUGAGCAUCUGAUUGGAAAGGGUGGUUAUGCUGAAGUUUAUAAAGGGUGUUUGAGAGAUGGGCAGCUUGUAGCAAUCAAACGUCUAACAAGAGGAACAGCCGACGAGAUUGUAGGGGACUUCUUAUCAGAGCUUGGUAUAAUAGCCCAUUUGAACCAUCCAAAUACCAUUAAGUUAAUUGGUUAUGGGGUUGAAGGAGGAAUGCACCUUGUUCUUGAGCUAUCUCUACAUGGGAGCUUAGCUUCUAGGCUUUAUGGUUCAAAGAGGAAGCUGGAAUGGGGUAUUAGGUAUAAGAUUGCAUUAGGGACAGCUAAGGGUUUACUGUAUCUUCAUGAGGGUUGUCAGAAAAGAAUAAUCCACAGAGACAUUAAGGCUGCAAACAUUUUGCUUAAAAACGACCUCGAGCCUCAGAUUUGUGAUUUUGGGCUUGCAAAAUGGCUACCAGAGCAGUGGACUCACCAUACAGUAUCAAAAUUUGAAGGCACAUUUGGGUAUCUUGCUCCCGAGUACUUACUGCAUGGCAUAGUAGAUGAAAAAACUGAUGUUUUUGCCUUUGGUGUGCUGCUAUUGGAGCUAGUCACAGGACGCCGGGCUCUAGAUUACAAUGAUUACUCGAAGCAAAGCCUUGUUUUGUGGGCAAAACCUUUGCUUAAGAAGAAUGACAUUAUGAAUCUCACUGAUCCUUUUCUAGCUGAUAACUACGACUCUCGACAGAUGAAUCUUGUGCUCUUGGUUGCUUCUUUAUGCAUACAGCAGUCCUCAAUUCGACGCCCAUGUAUGAGUCAGGUUCUUCGGCUUUUGAAUGGCGACCUUAGCCACUUGAAAUGCAUGAAAAAAUGUCAAACUGGAUUCUUCCGAAAAGCUUUCCGCGACGAGCUCGUCAGUGCAGAAGAGUGCAACUCAACCAAAAAUUAGACGACUUUGAUGAUCAUCAAUAGGUACAUAUGGAAUGGAAUGCCCCCAUCAAGCAUUUUAGCAUGUUGAACCCAGAAGAAAGGAAUGAGUAUGCUUUUGUCAUUGGACCUUGAAGAAAGGAAUGAUUAUUCUUUUUAAGAGUGUCACUGGUCUUGUUGAACCUAUGUGCAUAAAGGAAGCUUUUAAUAUUAAAUUAACUUGAAUUGUAGAGAA